CGGCGGCGGCGGGGCGGACUCCGAGCCCGGAGCCCUGAGCGAGCGGACGCGACUUGGGAUCCCGCCCCAGCGCUGGCCAUGGCGAUGCAUUUCAUCUUCUCAGAUGAGGUGGUGCUUCUGUUUGAUUUCUGGAGUGUCCACAGUCCUGCAGGCAUUGCCCUCUCCGUGUUGGUCAUCCUGCUCCUGGCUGUGUUGUAUGAAGGGAUCAAGGUCGGUAAAGCCAAGCUGCUGCGUCAGACUCUGGUGAGCAUGUCCACGUCUGCCAGCCCCCAGGUCAUCCAUGAGUCGCAACAGGAUCUUGUGGCCUCAGACUCAGCCUCAGCUAGUGGCACCCGCCUCAGGUGGUUUUUGUGUCACUUUGGCCAGUCGCUGAUCCAUGUCGCUCAGGUGGUCAUCAGCUACUUCAUUAUGUUGGCUGUUAUGACUUACAACACCUGGAUUUUCUUCGGCGUGGUCCUGGGCUCAGCUGUGGGUUACUACCUAGCCUACCCAUUUCUCGGUACAGAUUAGCUGGUGAGGGCUGUGCAGGCAUCGAGGGCUGGAGAGGCUGGAUCCUCCUCUUCCAGAUGUUGUACUUCCAGCCCGUCUCCUUGUCCGAUGGCUGUUCGUCACUGCGCUCCCAGCUCCUGGAAACUUUCAGCCGAAGCUGUCGCUUGUUCCCUAGAGUUCAGAGGCCACUGCAGCUGCCUCUCCUCAGCCUCCUUAAGGCUGCUGAGACCAGAGGGAGGAUGAAGAGAACGGAACAUGGGGGGACAGGGUUGCUGAGUCUACGAUGACUAUCUGCAAUUCAAAAUUUAGAAUUUCCAAAGAUUUUCAAGACAGAUGAAUUCUGGGUGAUGAAGAGUAUGGAACCUGGAAUCCUCUGCUCUCAUUUGUGCCUUAUUUAGAGGAGCCUCUUCCACUGGACUUCCAGACCUCUGGUCUUUGUGGGACAGAGGCCAAGCUGGCUCCUUUUCCAUCGCCCUUCUGUCUUGGAACACAGGAAGAUGACCUCUUCUGUGGGUCAUGUUGCCAAACUAAGAUUUUUCACUUUCCCCAUUGAACUCCUGGUUGGCAGUUUUGCACAUUACUACUAAAUUUUUAACUAAAUGAUUUCAUUUUACUCAUGAGGGAUGGCGGCAACUGCUGGGGCCUCUUUCCCUUUGUUGGUGGAAAAGUGAGAGUCAGGACAGAGGAGCAGUUUGCAGCUCCUGACUGUCCCUCUGGAGACUGAGUGCUUCCCAUCGGGCUCCACAGUCUGCAGGAGAGGCCUGUGCCUUCUGGUGUGUGGGGAGCGCUUCACGGCCUUAACACCCUCUCAGAACAGAGAACUGCACUGAAUAUUCUACACUCAGCGCCUGCUUUUUAUGAUUACUGCUCCUACUAAGGAUCUGGUGGGAAAACUACUCAUUCACUUCAAAUGCUGAGACCCUUGGAGAAGAGUGGCUGAAGACGUAAUAGCAGUCAAACCAAAGUGUUACAUUCGUAGCUCUCCAGAUAGGACUCUCUAGAUAUUUGAGCCUCUGCUUUAUAGGAAAGGAAACGAGAGCCCAAGGAGGAGGAAAUUGCUGCUGUGGAUUAGCUAUGCACAGGUGCCUUCUGCUGUAGAGGACAGGUGUCCUUGAGCUCUGGGAACUACAAGGAAUAUAUUUGAAAAGUAUAUAUUUUUAGGGGACAUUAACCAGUUGUGUGCGUGCCCAUUCUGUUUGUCCUUACUCCAACAGCAGCACGCAUCACCCUUGUAACAACUGGAAUGAACGAAACUGGCUGUUUGGCUAAGGGCUGAGUCUGUUCAUCUGCUGUGAAGACAAACAGUUCUGUGUGCAGGGAAGCCCAGCCCUGAAAGGCUGUGCCCACAGGCAGACACCCCACAAUGCUGGCCUGGUCAGUAGUCACCCUGUUCACGUAACAUACUGAACUGGUGCCACUCUAAAGAAAGGAAUCGUCACGUGGCAUAUCAGCAUCUGUUGGCUCAGUUAUCAGGGCCUGCUCUUCUGAGGGCAGAAGCAAGUCUGUCAAAACCACUUUUUAAUUCUAUAGUAAAGUGUCACAGGAAGCAUAGGGUUGAUGAAUACCUUCUCCCCAUAUUCCAGUUCUUCAGGGAACGGGAAACUGCUCCGUGUCAUAAGGGAUGUAAGGUUUCCAGUGUCUAGUGCUGGGCUGCUGAGUCACACAUGUCCCUUUGUAGGUCCUGCCCGGCUUCGGCUCCCUCCCUGAGAGGGCAGCUCCCUGGGCAUUAGGCAACCUCUUCCUGCGGUCUCUUUAAACACGCAAAUACAUGAGGCUUUUAGAGCAUGGAGGGCUUAAAAAAAAAAAAAACUCUAGAGAGACUGAUUAUAUGGUGAGUCUCAGUGGGUAUUUCACCAUUCUUCAGAGUCAAGUCACAAAGAUGGUAUUUUCCCUACUUAGAAUUUCUUUUUAACACCUACAUAGUGCUCACUACAUGCCGGGCAGUGUUCUAAGCACUUUACAAUAUUAGCUCAUUGAAUCCUCACAAGGUAGAAACUGUUGCUGUCAUUGCCUUAAGGGUGAAGAGGCUGAGGCACAGAAAUAGUCACCCAGAUAACAAGUAGUCCCAUGUCUGCUCUUACCAACUCAGGUGAGGGGGUGUGGCUGAGAGUUAGGGUAACUGGCUAAGCCACACAGUGGCCAGUGGAGCAGGUUGUGAACACAGAUUGUGGAGCCCAAGAGGCCUGUGCUCUAUGUGUUUUACCAUAAUAGGGCAGUCAUUGUUCAGGGAUUCUGGGGCAGAGCUGGGGAAACCUGGUUCCUUCCCUACCUCCCUAACCCCCAGCCCAGUGAUGAUGGUCAGUCAGGCGAAGGAAUAGGCAGGGUGGCCUCUGGGCUUCUGCCCAGAAUGGGGUAUCAUGGUCAGGACUGGGGUUCUUGUUCUGUUGCUUACUAGCCAUGUAACCUUGGACAUGUUACUUGACUUCUCUAAGCCUCAGUUUCUCUUCUGUAAGAUGGGGAUAAUCGGGUCUUCUGCAAAGGGUUCCUGGAGAUGAAACGGUCCAUAAAGUGCUGAACUGAAGUGUCUAUUAGUUAAACACAAAGUUUAAUAAAUGGUAUUACUGCCUCCCUGCCCCCUUAUGGGAAAUGGGCUCAAAGCCACCAGCAAGCCAGACGACGGCUGGUCAGAUGACAUGGACUCUGGGUUCCUAGCUUAUGCACAUUUAAAUCAGGAAACAUUUCUAUUAAAAUUAUUCUGCUUUUUAAAAACUGGUUGUAUGGUCUUUGGAAGAUCCUGGAGUAAGUAAAAUAACCACAAAUACUGUCUCACUAUUGUUCUCUUCUUUAGUCCUGGCCCCGACUUCAGAGGAACUGGAAAGUGUUCUGGAAGUGGUGAAAAUCCCUCAGGGCCAUAAGGGAUGAUGAUGAAAGGUGGGGAUCCCCCCACCCUCUCUGCGUGGCUUCCUAGGGUAUAGGAGCAAGCCAGCCAGGAGCAGGUCCUCAGAUGACCACAAGGCCUGCAGCCUUGAGGUACUAGGAUGAGCUGGAGACUUAGCCUGAAAGUUCCAGGGUUAGGUACCAAAGUGCUUUCGUACAUAUUAACUGACCUGAAUAGUUCCAGUUCCUGCCCUUAGCUUCCCAGAGAGAAGCACAAACAGCCCUUAGAAGCAAGUACAGUUUGCCCCCCAUGAGCUUGAGUCCAGUUUCAUUGCAGACAUUUAUUUUAAUUUUGUUAGUUUCAAAUAUUGACCUUUUGUAUCAGAUUUAAGGCAGAGAAAAUUACAUGUCCCAGGACUGCUACAGCAC